ACUUCAGCGACAAAGUGAAAGUGAAACACCAAUCGUGUUUGCUCUUCUGCAAAUGUUAUAGCAAUUUUAGCAAAUAUCAGGGAAGACGUGGGGUAAAGGACAGAAAAAUGGAAGACCUAUUUGGCAGUCAUUUUGAACUCAUCAUCCCUAAAGAAGCUGAGAAAACUCAAGUUGAACUGGGUUCUGAAAUCACUAUACCAUGUCACCUUUCUGCUGGAGCACAAUAUAGCGUUGUCACAGAUAUAAAGUGGUUUAAGGAGACAGACCUGGUGUGUCAUUAUGACAACAGACAGGUAACAGAGGGGAUGGGUUACGACAACAGAGUGCAUCUGUUAACUGAGGAGAUAAACAAAGGAAAUGUUUCCUUAUCACUGGAAGAGUUCAAAGAGUCAGAUUUUGGAGAUUACCUUUGUCAAGUCACCUGUGGAAGCAGAACAAAAGAGAUAACAAUAAAAGUAGAAGAUUUCAGCAAAAAGAAAAAAGAGAGGAAUAAAGUGAUAGGAUAUACAGUUGGAGCAAUUGGACUAGCAGCACUACCAGUAGCAGGAGUAGCAUUAGCAGUUGGAGGAGCAAUAUAUGGAGCAUUAGCUGCAGGAGCAGCAGUAGCAGGAGCAGCAGCAGCAACACUAGUAAUAGUAUUCCAAAUAAUUUUUUCAAUGAUAAACAGAACAUAUAGUGGGCAGGAGAGACAGGCAAUGGAAAUAUCUCUUCAGUUGGCAGUUAGAACAUGGCAGGAGAGAGAGGCAAUGGAAAGAUCUCUCCAGUUGGCAGAAAGAAGAAACAGCUUAGACAGGAAUCCUCCAACGAUGAGUGAAUGACCCUAAAGUCCAUAGAGCCCAGUGUUUUAUGGAUCCGAGCUCAGGAUGGUGAGUGCAGCAGGAAACAUCAUUCUACGUGGAAAGAGCCUGGAGAGUUAGAGAAUCAAAGAGCAGAACGGCACUUUCUGACAAAAUCGGAAAACACUUGCCAAAAUAAUUUAACACACCUCCAUUAAUAAUGUAACAAUGAAAAAACUGCCUUUAUUUUGUGUUAUAUCAGAUAAGGGACAGUGAAAGACAGCGGGCAGUGAGUCUGUCUUUUUAUUAGUAGCCUUCUUUGUCAUGUGGAGAAGGGUCUAAAGACUGCUGGGGAAGAUUGAGAACAUAGUGGCUGGAACAACAACGAGAAAACAUUCUGAAUGUUUUAUGUAAAUGUACAGCUGUAACCAAUAGCAUAGCUGAGCUACAGUCAUUGAGCAGUUGUAGAAGUCUAAUCACUGAUGCAUCAUUAAAUAUCAUUAUCAUGCAAAAAAUAUAAAAUUGACUUACUAAAGAAACUUGCUGAAUAAAUACUUUUUUAGACGUAUAUACAUACUGUAUAUCAUGAUUAAAAUACAUUUAAAUAUAAGAAAUGUUUACCAUAUUUUUAAUAUCUGCACAUUUUUAAGCAGUUUUAUGCCCUCGACCCGUUUUAAUCAUUUUUUUUUACUUUCUCAAGAGGGCAAAAAGAUGUUAAUACUGCAACUGGCAGUAUGAUUGUUAAUACUGUAUCUGUAAAUAUACUUCAAGUAAAUGGUUAACACUUUAAACAGUGUUUAAAACCACAGAUGUGACACCCUUCAUUGCUAUGAAAAUCCUUUAUUUAAUUUUUUUGUAAAGCAAAAUACAUGCAUCAAAAAAGAAAAACAAGCACAGCUUGGAUUGUUGAAAAACUUUAAUUGCAAUAUCAUAUAUUACAAUGUAGGUCUUUUGCAAAAGGCACAUUUUAUUUAGACAAAAAUGUUAAAAAUGUACAAAUGUUAUUUGUAAGUCGCUUUGGAUAAACCUGUCUACGACUGUAAAUAAAUAAUUGCAAAUGAAACAAUUAGACAUUUUCUUAAAAACUUUCAAUAAACUAGGUAAAACUGAAUAAAGAGCAUUCAGUUUUGUUUUAUUGUGUGUUUUCUCUGGAACAGAGAGUUGGCAGUGGAGUAGGCCGUUCAGCACCUUGUAAGUGUCACUUGCUAAAAAUACUGUAACUCCAUUUAAUGUUCCACUUUAAAGGUGUUUUGAAAUAAAUACCUUGCCAAAUGAAGACCAAAUGGAUAAAAACGACAGAAGUAUACAUGGAAUUGUAAAAAGUGAAAAAAACAGAACACUGUGAUUCUACUGUAUAUUCAUAAC